AUGGGGCCUCUCAAGCUGGUCAGUGGCAGUGAGGAUGUCGUCAAUCACAGAGCAACGUUAACUUCAGAAUGUAAUAAGGAAAGGGAUUCUGAACUCUUGGAACAGGACUUCACCCUCUUAGAGAAAGAAAAGAAGGUGAAGAGGGGAAAAGAGAGCCUCCGGUUCACAUUAGAGUUUCGAGUCCAAGAAUUUGGCUCGGAGGGCCAGGUGCUGCCAGAGGCGUCUUCCCUGGGGGCAGCCCCGGAGCGCCACACUCGCAGGAGGAGGAGGAGAGCGCUUUGGUGUCUGUCAAGAGCAGCAUUCAGGAAUCCUCGGACACUCCCUGAGUCCUCGCUGCAAUGCAUUAUUGGGGUCCCUGCUGCAGCAGUGGAGAGUGAGAACAAACAACAGGUUCCCUUGCUGACUUGCUCACUGGAGGUGGGGCGAGCCUGUUCCUUAUAUGGGGGAAGAAGCCCCAUGAGACCCUCCCUGCAAGAAGCUGGAACAUUAUCACCACUCCUCUCCUCUGUCCCCUCAAAGGCCCCUCCUGACCACAGAGUUAGUCCUCUGAGUUGGCUGGUAGAACAAUUAGCUUUCCUUAGGGCACUGGGUGGAUCACCAAGUCAGGCCUCCAAGCAGGGGUUUCCUGUCACCAAAGCCACACUAA